CUAAAUCGCAAUCAACCUUUCUUUGCGGGAAGGGGAGCCCGCAGUCAGCUAUACCGUCUCUACGUGUGUACUGUGUAAUAAUGUUUCUUCAAUAUUAGGUUCUAAUACUGCCAGAAUUGAGUCUUCAUUCACCCUUCAUCGUUACUUGUGCAGCAAAAAUCAUCCAUCAUGUCUCAAUAUAAUUUCAAAAAGAUUACUACCAUACACACUGCAGAUGAGUUCAUCAAUGUCAUGCUGUCGCGCACACAGCGCAGAACCCCCACAGUUAUCAGACGUCACUUUGUCAUCUCGCGCAUCAGAAAAUUUUACAUGGUCAAAGUUCGCUUCAUUCAGCAGCAGUUUGUUGAGCGCUUUAAUAUGAUUCUGCAAGAAUUUCCUAAAAUCAAUGACCUUCAUCCCUUCUAUGCUGACCUUUUCAAUAUCAACUAUGACAAGCAACAUUACAAGAUUGCCUUGGGUCAGAUAAACACAGCUGUCCAUCUCAUCACCAAGGUUGGCUCAGACUACAUAAAGUUGCUGAAGUAUGGAGACUCGCUGUUCCGUUGCAAGCGUCUAAAGAAGGCAGCUUUAGGGCGCAUGGUGACUAUUGUCAAACAUCAGGCGCCUGUCUUUGUUUUCCUGGAGGAGGUCCGCCAGCAUCUGUCUCGCCUCCCGACGAUCGAUCCCAAUGACAGAACCCUACUCAUUUGUGGCUGCCCUAAUGCAGGCAAAUCGUCAUUCAUGAACCUUUUGACGCGUGCUGAAGUGGAGGUGCAGCCCUACGCCUUCACCACCAAAAGCAUCUUUGUUGGCCACAUGGACUACGACUACCUGCGCUGGCAGGUGAUAGACACUCCUGGCAUUCUCGACAGGCCCUUUGACCAAAUGAACACCAUUGAACUGCAGGCAAUCUCUGCCCUCACUCACAUCAAGUCUGCCAUACUUUUCUUCCUGGAUCUUUCCGAGACGUGCGACAUCACCAUCGAAAACCAGCUCAAGAUCUUCCAUUGCAUCAACCCUCUUUUUGCGGAUAAGCCGAUGCUUCUGGUGUGCAACAAGACUGACAUAACGACACUGGAGCAACUGGCUAAACAAAGCCCUGAGAAAUACGCAGCCAUCAAGGCUAUUGAAGACAAAGGUGUGCCAGUCUUUGAGAUCUCAACGCACACAAAGGCGGGAGUGAUGGAUGUGCGCAACGCUGCGUGCGAGAAGCUUCUGAACCAGCGUGUGAAUACCAAGUUGCACGCCAAAAGAGCCGAAGGUGUCCUCAACAGGGUCUAUGUAGCCAUGCCCAAAAGUGAUGGUAAGGAACGACCUCCCUACAUCCCACCUAAAGUUGCUGCAUUGCAAGCGCAGCAUAAAUACGUCAGCCACCUCCGAGAGUCAGAUCCCAACUAUAAGUUUGAAGCCGACAUCGAAGAAGAGCAAGGAGAUGAUUAUGUUCUUGACUACAACAAGCACAAGGAUCUUGCCAACGACGAGUGGAAGACAGACAAGAUCCCUAGGUUCUGGAAUGGGAAAAAUAUCGCCGACUUCAUUGAUGAGAAUUUCGAGAAGAAACUGAAGCAACUGAUGGAGGAAGAGGCAGACCGUGUAGACGCUGGUUUCUACGACAGCGACACUGACGAUGAGACGGAACAGGACCGCGGGUUCCUGCAGCUCGGUGCUCGCAUCAAGGAGCAGAUCGGCAUUAACCUCAUCAAUGCACGUCUCGACAACGGCGUCGGUAUCAGGACUACCAGCAGAGCGUCAAAGGUUAAGGUUCCUCAAAGAACCACGUCGACUCUCAGGGACAAGUUUGAGAGCCUUGGCGUGGACAUGAGCGACACAAAGAAGGCUGGCUUCACAACAGUCGAUAAGCGAUCAAGAUCCCAAUCCCGAGACCCUUCCGAAAUGCCCGUGAAGAAAAUGCGACUCUCCGAGUCACGCGCCCGUUCGUGCUCGAGACCUCCUCGCGGCGAGGCCGGGGAGCCUGACCCUGAGAAGCGAGCCAAGCUAAAGGUGCUGCUCAAGAAGGCCGUCAGGAAGAGGCAGAUGAAGGGCCAGAGUCACGAGAGUGAUCGUCAUAUUGUGGACCUCAAGCCCAAGCAUCUGUUCAGUGGCAAGCGCGGCAUCGGCGGCACUCAGCGUCGUUAAAUUAUUGGGGAGUAACAACUAUCCUGGAAUACAUGAAUUUGAAUGCCAA